ACACUUCCGCUGUUGGUACGUCACUUCCGGCGCGCCGGCCCGGGUACAUCCGGGUUCAGGCCGCCGCCGGGAAGGGCUUUUCACGGAGAGUGCGGAGCUGCGUUCGGUUCGCUGAGCGGCUCUUAGAGCAACUGGCUAUGUCUCUGUCCCACUUGUACCGGGACGGGGAAGGCCACAUGGACGAUGAUGACGAUGAGCGAGAGAACUUUGAGAUCACCGACUGGGACCUCCAGAAUGAGUUCAACCCCCACCGGCAGCGCCACUGGCAGACCAAGGAGGAGGCCACCUAUGGGGUGUGGGCCGAGCGUGACUCGGAUGAGGAGAGGCCCAGUUUUGGAGGAAAACGGGCCCGCGACUACUCUGCGCCCGUCAACUUCAUCAGCGCAGGGCUCAAGAAAGGGGCGGCUGAGGAAGCAGUGCUGGAAGAUUCUGAGGAUGAAGAGAAACCAAUUAAGCAAGAAGACUUUCCUAAAGAUUUUGGACCAAAGAAGUUAAAAACGGGUGGCAAUUUUAAGCCCAGCCAGAAAGGUUUUGCAGGAGGAACCAAAUCUUUCAUGGACUUUGGCAGCUGGGAAAGACACACGAAGGGAAUUGGGCAGAAGCUUCUUCAGAAGAUGGGCUACGUCCCCGGGCGAGGUCUUGGGAAGAACGCACAGGGAAUCAUCAACCCCAUCGAAGCCAAACAGAGGAAAGGGAAAGGAGCCGUGGGGGCCUAUGGCUCAGAGCGGACCACGCAGUCCCUGCAGGACUUCCCUGUGGUGGACUCGGAAGAGGAAGCCGAAGAGGUAAGCGAAGGUGGGAGACCCGUGUCGUUUCUGCUCCUGCUCCAGGUCAUCGACAUGACGGGCCGGGAGCAGAAGGUCUACUACAGCUACAGCCAGAUCAGCCACAAGCACAAUGUGCCUGACGACGGGCUCCCGCCGCAGUCCCAGCUGCCACCCCUGCCCGGCAAGGAGGCCAAGGCCCCGGGCUUCGCCCUGCCCGAGCUGGAGCACAACCUGCAGCUGCUCAUCGACCUCACAGAGCAGGAGAUCAUCCAGAAUGAUCGGCAGCUGCAGUAUGAGCGAGAUAUGGUGGUGAACCUGUCCCACGAGCUGGAGAAGAUGACCGAGGUCUUGGAGCACGAGGAGCGCGUCAUCUCCAACCUGAGCCGGGUGCUGGAGAUGGUGGAGGAGUGCGAGCGGCGCAUGCAGCCCAGCUGCCCCAACCCCCUCACCCUGGACGAGUGUGCUCGCGUCUUCCAGACCCUGCAGGACAAGUACUACGAGGAGUAUCGCAUGUCAGACCGCGUAGACCUGGCCGUGGCCAUCGUCUACCCGCUCAUGAAGGACUACUUCAAGGAGUGGGAUCCCCUCAAGGACUGCACAUACGGCACGGAGAUCAUCUCCAAGUGGAAGAGCCUCCUGGAGAACGACCAGAUCUUGUCUCACGGCGGUCAGGACCUCUCUGCAGAUGCCUUUCACAGGCUCAUCUGGGAAGUCUGGAUGCCUUUUGUUCGAAAUAUCGUCAACCAGUGGCAGCCAAGAAACUGUGACCCGAUGGUGGACUUCCUGGACAGCUGGGUACACAUCAUCCCCGUGUGGAUCCUGGACAACAUCCUGGACCAGCUCAUCUUCCCCAAGCUGCAGAAGGAGGUGGACAACUGGAACCCCCUGACAGACACGGUCCCCAUCCACUCCUGGAUCCACCCGUGGCUGCCCCUCAUGCAGGCGCGGCUGGAGCCCCUCUACUCCCCCAUCCGCAGCAAGCUGUCCAGCGCCCUGCAGAAGUGGCACCCCAGCGACUCCUCGGCCAAGCUUAUCCUCCAGCCCUGGAAGGACGUCUUCACUCCCGGCUCCUGGGAGGCGUUCAUGGUCAAGAACAUCGUGCCCAAGCUGGGGAUGUGUUUGGGUGAGCUGGUCAUCAACCCCCACCAGCAGCACAUGGACGCCUUCUACUGGGUCAUCGACUGGGAGGGGAUGAUCUCCGUCUCUAGCCUGGUGGGGCUCCUUGAGAAGCACUUCUUCCCCAAGUGGCUCCAGGUGCUGUGCUCCUGGCUCAGUAAUGGCCCCAAUUACGAGGAGAUCACCAAGUGGUACCUGGGCUGGAAGUCCAUGUUCUCAGACCAGGUGCUGGCCCAUCCGUCUGUCAAGGACAAGUUUAAUGAAGCACUGGACAUCAUGAACAGGGCGGUGUCCUCUAAUGUUGGGGCCUACAUGCAGCCCGGAGCGCGGGAGAACAUCGCCUACCUCACCCACACGGAGCGGAGGAAGGACUUCCAGUAUGAGGCCAUGCAGGAGCGCCGCGAGGCCGAGAACAUGGCCCAGAGGGGCAUUGGUGUGGCUGCCAGCUCUGUGCCCAUGAACUUUAAGGACCUCAUAGAGACCAAGGCCGAGGAACACAACAUCGUGUUCAUGCCCGUCAUCGGCAAGCGGCACGAGGGGAAGCAGUUGUAUACCUUUGGCCGCAUCGUGAUCUACAUUGACCGGGGGGUGGUGUUUGUCCAGGGCGAGAAGACCUGGGUGCCCACCUCCCUACAGAGCCUCAUCGACAUGGCCAAAUAGACCAGAGAUGCGCCUCACAGAGGCGAUGUGCACGAACAGUGUUUCUGACCAUCUUUGAGGUCAGGCCAGGCCACCCGGAAGGACACUGCUUUAUAAGUACAUCAGUCCUGUUCUGAGUGCUGGGGUUAAACUCAGGGGUGCUUAACCACUGAACCACAUCCCCAGUUCCCUUUUUAAUAUUUUACUUAGGGACACGGUCUCAAGAGUUGCUUAGAGCCUCCUGAGCUGCUGGGAUGACAGGCAUGUGCCACUGCACUGGCUGACCAGUGUCGGUCUUCACACUGAGUUCUCAGGCUGUACAUCAUCCUCAAAACACGUCAGUUGGUGAGGUGCACUGUAGUGAGUGCAGGUCAACAGUGGGGUCUGUAGUUUUCUUCCUGAUGAUUUCAAGGUCCUCGCAGUCCUGAUACUCUGGUUCUUCCCGAAAUGCCCACACAUCCCUGGAGAGCUGUUCCAGCUUUUGUGCAGGGAACCAGUGAACGGAGGUGUCAUUAAAGGUGUCCGUGUACUGGGGAAUCUGAGGCAGCUCAAGUUCCUCCAGCCCUUCCAGAAUCUGAGCAGAAAAAUUCAAAUAUGACAUCAGUCACGCCAGUGCCUGUGCUUCUUGCUAAUUUUCAUUUUACUCACCACCCUGUUGUCCCUUGAAAAAAUAAGGAAUAGGAGACUACUGACUGCUCUAGCACAGGGCAUUGAUGCCCCUAGGACAGUGGUGUGCUGGGCAGUGACCCUGAUGGGCGAUCAGAAAACACCAAGGGGGUGCUGAAAUGUCACAGCUCUCUGGAACACACCCCCAUGGAGAGGGUUGCUGACAGUACAGUGCCGUCAGUGUCUCCACUGGCAGAGUGUCUACCUGGAGCAAAGCUGGACUCUCCACCGUGAGCAGGGGAGUGGUUCCACCCUCUUCCCGCCAGGCCCCUUUAUUCAGAUACCUUUGCAACAUAAGGGUAAUUUUUCUGCAGAAUCCUUGUCAACAACCUAGAAAUUAAAAUAAUACAAUUAUGA